AUGGUAGCUGUUUCUCUGUCACUGGACAUUCCACAAAAGGUAUCUCUGGGGCUUGGGGAGUCGCUUCACCUGGACCUGGAGCGCGCGCCCUCGCUGGGCGGCAGCUUCGCGGGGCUCGAGCCCAUGGGGCUGCUCUGGGCGCUGCAGCCCGACCAGCCCUUGCAGCGGCUGGUCAAGCGGGACGUGCGGACGCCCUUCGCCCUGGAGCUGGAGGUGCUGGACGGCCACGACCCCGAGCGCGGGCGGCUGCUGGGCGCGGUGCACGAGCGCCACUUCCUGGGGCCGGUGCGGGCCGGCCGGGUGCGCGCCACGCUCUUCCUGCCGCCAGGUGAACCUCCAAAUAAGAGGGUGAAGGACCCUGGUAUUGGGCUUAUUGGCUUCUCUAAAGGAGGUGACCUGUGUCUCUCCAUGGCAUCUUUCUUAAAAGGCAUCACAGCCACUGUCGUCAUCAAUGCCUGUGUGGCCAACACAUUUGCACCACUGCAUUACAAGGAUAUGACCAUCCCUGAUCUCAGUGGUGACCCAGGACAAUACAGCCUCACUGAAUUAGGACUUUUUAACUUUCUGAAUAUUUGAAACAACCCACUGGAAGAGUCCUACCGCCAAAGUCUUAUUCCAUUGGAAGAGGCCCAGGGGCACUUCCUGCUUAUUGUUGGCAUGGAUGACAGCUGCUGGAAGAGCAGUUUCUAUGCUCAUAUAGCCUCUGAACGGUUACAAGCCCAUGGGAAAAACAGGCCCCAGAUCAUCUGCUAUCCAGGAACUGGUCAUUGUAUUGAGCCACCUUACUUUCCUCCUUCUGUAGCCUCUGUGCAUGCGGUGUUGGGCCAACCCAUAUUCUAUGGGGGUGAGCCACAGGCCCAUUCAAGGGCACAGAUAGAUGCCUGGCAGCAAAUCCAAAUAUUCUUCCAUUAACAUCUCA